AUAAAAGAAAAUUAUUUUGCAGUUCAUUCUCAUCUCCAAAUUUAUUUGUGUGUGGGGGGGGGGAAUUCUAAUUUGUGUUUUUUUUUGUUUAGUCAAUCAGAAAACGAAUUUAGGACGACGAGUCAUUUUUAUUUUAAUUGUAUCCGAUUGAAAUCUCAGGUCCAGUACGUAAUAAGGGAGGAAGAGGAGGAGGUUGAUUUAAAGGGUGUAUUUUUUAAGAACUUAGGUUUUGAGAUAUUGGGGUUGGAUUAAUUUUAGAUUUAAGUUUAUAUCUGUAUUAAUUAUGGGAUUAUGGAGUAAAGGUGGGGGGGAUGUGGUGGGGGACGACGGUGACGGAGGAGUUGGUGGUGCUGAUGGAGGCGAUGGUGUUGAUUGCGAAAAUGGAGGGAAAUCGUUCGGUUUGGUUUCAUGCUCGAUUUGCCUUGAAUCGGUUACUGAUAAUGGGGAUCGAUCGUGUGCUAAGCUUCAAUGUGGGCAUCAAUUUCAUUUGGAUUGCAUUGGUUCAGCAUUCAACAUAAAGGGUGCAAUGCAAUGCCCUAAUUGUAGGAAAAUUGAAAAAGGUCAAUGGCUUUAUGCCAACGGUAGCCGUUCUUACACGGAAUUUAAUGUGGAUGAUUUGACACAUGAUGACCUUAACAAUCUAAGUUACUCUGAAAUGUCACUUGGAGUUCACUGGUGUCCGUUUGUAAGCUCAGCACGACUUCCUUCAUUUGAGGUAGGAGAGUUUUCAUCAAUCUCAUAUCAUGAGUUAUUGGGACCGCAAGCCAUCUUUGCCGAACAUUCAGCAUCUGCAGCUCAUCCAUGUCCUUAUGUUGCUUACUUCGGGCCAACUAUUCAUCCCUCAUCCUCGAAUUCCAGUGGAAAUGUUCCAGAUAGUUCUAGUUUCAACGGUCACUGGAAUGGUCCAUCAGUGCCUCGUGAGAUACCUACAUCUUAUGCUUUUCCUGCCAUGGAUCUCCAUUAUCAUAGCUGGGAGCAUCAUUCUCCUCCGUUCUCCACAUCAAGCAGUCGAAUUGGUAAUUCCGAUCAACCUUCAAAUCUGCCUAUCAGUCAAAGGUCUACCAGGAGCAGCUCUGAUAUGCCAAGACCAGGAUCUUUUAUGCUUCCAUUUGUUGUUGGCCACAGUUCUGGUGCAAGAGCAGGGAGUUCAGUUGCUCCCACGUUGAUCCAUCCUUACCCUGGUAGUAAUGCUCGAGCCCGUGAUAGAGUUCAGGCUCUCCAGGCAUACUAUCAACCACAACAUCCUAGCACUUCGCCAGGCAUACGGACACCCAUUAUUUCCAGCUCCCGAAGAUCAAGCAGUCAUAGAAGUCAUGUUCAAGCUGGGUCAGCAGCCUCAUCAUCUGACCAGGUGGGUGGCUUCUAUUUCAUUCCAUCUGGCCGUAACUUUCCAGAGGCAGAAAAUCUUCUACCGACUCGGUUCCAUGGAUGGGAAAGAGAUCAUUUCCCUCCAUUUUCACUAAACCAGGUUGACAGAGAACCCAGUUGGGGCAGAUUCCAUCAAUCCGCUGCUGGUGCAUCAGAUCCCGGUGUGAGAUCCAUCAGCUUUCGCCACAGGCACGGAUCUGAGAGGAUGCAAUGACAAGAUCAUUCAUAGCUGAUCUUUCCGCAUUUUACAACCUUACUGGGUGAAGCAAAACUACCCCUACCAUGAAUGAAACUAAAAAGGUUAUGUGUGCUUUGAGAGAUAGAUAUAUGGUGCUUGAAACUGUCGAUCCUCGCAGGCUGAAAAACUUUGAAUGCGGCUUCGGAAUCAAUAAUUUCGGUAGCUGCACGGUGUUUGUGCUGGACGUGGCUUCCUCCUUUGCUUCCUUUGGCUUUGAGGCAUGUCAAAUAAAAUAUUUUAAGAAAUGUUGGAUGGUAUAACCGUAUUAAGCAUUGCUUUGCACUUGCACGUGGUUGAAUUGAAUGAA